ACCAUUGAACAUCUAUCACGAUCUCGGCGGUAGUCAUAUCAGUGACGUGAUUGUCAUCGACACUACCCAAGUCGUGGACCGUCAUGUCGGCGCGACAGCCACUUGCAGUGCCCACGAGGUGCCUGCGCUCACAGAUCAAGAAGCGCAUCAACUCCCAUCGAAACGCCUCAACCACUGCUGUGGCACCAACGCCAACAGGAGGACCAACAGCGACAGCAACACCACCGCUAUGGCGUGGAAAGGUAUCCCUUACUCGCUCUGGUGCGCCAUGGACUGGUAGCAUGGAAUGGCAGACUUCGACCUAUUCUUUCAACAAAUAUACUACAAUCCCACUUCCGGCAGCCGCUGCGAAUGUGGAGAGGCUCAUUGAGAACUUCAUCACGCUGAAGCAUGUCGGAGAUCAAACACACAUGGAUCCACGUGCUAUCAAAGCCGCUCUCGCCUUACGCAGAAAGAGUGCCACAAAGGUCUACGCCGGCUCGCCUCGGAUAAAGGAUUUUGGGACCCACAUUCAGAUGACUGUCUUUGUGUUUGACGGGGCCGAGGACGUGACCUUGAAGGAGCAACAAAAGUUCAAAAACCGGAAAAACGCCGACACGACGGAUCGGAGGACAUCAUCCAAAACAGAUUUGGACAGAAUCUUGGAACCUGAGCAGCAAGCUGGUCUGCAGUCGCUGAUCGCACGGAUCUAUGGCAAGCCAGUCGACCUGAGACUCGUCAAGUUGGCAAAGCCCCAUCUCGAUGCCGAAAUCCUCGCAGCUUUCGUCGCGCAGAGGCUGUGCGACCGUAACAACACCCCCCGGCGAGUCAUCCGUGACUCGACCUGGAAAGCACCGCUCCCCGAUCCACGGGUAAUCGCCGUCACGCGACAGACCAAAGCGCUCAAGCUCAUUCGUGGUGGCAAGAAGUUCGCUUGGCAAGACCUGACCAUGAAGGAGCUCGCCCCGACGUGCACAUCGGCUAUCAUGAAGGAGCUCGCCGUCAGCCAGGUCAGCAGUGUACAGGUUGAGGCGGCUGGUCGUCUCACCAAGCGUCUCACGGCCAACAGAUCUGCACGCAAGAUGGCUCGUCGCGGUACAACGACCAAAUUGCCAAGCCCGAUAUUGCUUGGUCAUCGCAAGAAGCACUUGCAGUAUGCUUUCCGAAGCGGCAAGAGACGUGUUGGACAGUAUGGCAUCCGUGUUUUGUUGGGUCACACUUAGCGGCUGUGUGUGUGGAUGUAUGUUUGGGUCCUCACGAAUACUUUGCCAGGUCAGUCGUACAUCUGCUCGAGAUCGACAGGACGAGGACCCGUCUUUUGGUGCGACCACGUCAUAUGAGAUGUGGCUUGAUGAGCAGCAGAUUACUGGUGACUGGUCACUGUACAAUAGGACUAUACGAGAUUUUCUCGCAUCGCCAUCAUCAGGAUUUCAUGUAACAUCUAUUUUAUUGGGUUAGAGUCAGUGAGCAAGGAUCUCUGAAAGAACAGCAUUUCUUUUUAGUCGUUAUGGCUUAAUUCAUGAUUAGUCUCAUUAUUUAUCGGGAGAACUGCGCCUCGCCGAGCAUCAUCGUCACGACGAGCGUAAUGAAAACCAUUGCCGAUAAUGGACAACUUAUGCCAGGGUUGCGGAGGCUCCUCCGCCUUUCCGGCAGAGAUCUUUAUUUGCUCAUCUUGUCGAUGACUUCUCUAUGUGCCUUCCG